ACGUAAUUCACGAAUCCAACGAUGGUGAAAGUGUAAAUGUUUACGGACGUAAAUGUAACUGAACGUUCCAGGACAGAUACCAAGAAACGUAAAUAUGGAUUCAUUCAUAUUCUUAAGCUACAACGUCGGAACAGCAGGAUCAGAGACUAUUUAGCCCCGAGGCGGAGCACUUGUUUACAAAUGAAUGGGAGAAAUCGGAACGCCCAAUAUGGCGGAUGUAGAAAGGAAGUCCCGCCUUACAGGUAAAAGAGCCAAUCACUUUUUAGAUACAGACAUCCCCUAUCAAUCAUAUAGAGAAGGCGCAUGCGCAUUAGCUGGACCAGCCUGAAAAUAGCGUUUUUUUUUUAGCGUGAUCUCAGCUAAAGAAACACAAUUUAUAAUGCCAUUGUUAUCAGAUUUUACUGCUGAUUUGAAACGUUCUUUUAUCGUAAUAUUGACUAACUGUUUUGAAGAUUUCAGUUUUUCUCCAUUCAAGUAGAUAGGCUGUACUUUUAAUCCGCAUGUAUGCAUGGAAAAUAGCUGCCUGGGAGCGUUCCAAAAAUGGCCGCCGAGUGGAAUGACUUGGCUUUAAAAAAGGACUUUGUUAGGAUUCGUACUUGUCAAACAGAAAAUAGAGUGUAGUUAGCAGAGACGGGCCACUUCUAUCAAAAUGAAUGGGAGAAAUUGGAACGGCCAACGGAUGUAGAAAUAAAGUCUCGCCUUACAGUAGAUAGGAGCUGCUCUUUUAUGAGCGUUCCAAAGAUGGCCGCCGAGUGGACUGACUUCCCUUGAAUGGGACUUGGUAGGGUGCGUACUUGUCAAAUUGAUAAGGCUCUCCACUGUUAUCAUGGCAACGCUUGGCAACAAGACUGACGGUCUUCAGCAUUUCCGGUUUGUGGAUGAGACACAUCAAAGCGCAGGAAAAUGUCGGAUUUAGCGAAAGAGAAAGCAGCUCGUCUGCUGAAGAAGCGAGUAAGUGUGUCAUCUCUGGGCAGUCAUGAAGUCAGAGCUAAAGAGACCAUUGGCAAAACCAAGGACUCAAUCAGCACUGUGUCUUAUAUUGAUGAGCCUGGUCACCAUGACGAUAUUCCACGACCUACAGUGCUCAUGGAGAACACCUACCAGCUCACACCAGCACGACGUUUCCCGGUGUUUACAUUAAAGGGUAUUCUGAAGGAUGUGUUGACCAGCUACCUGCAGGAGGAGAAAUACGAAGCUGAACUGUGCCGACAGAUGACCAAAACAAUCUCUGAGGUUGUCAAGGCCAGAGUGAAAGACCUGAUGAUUCCUCGCUAUAAGAUCAUAGUGGUCAUCAGCAUCGGUCAGAUCAGAGACCAGAACAUGCGCAUGGGCAGUCGAUGUCUGUGGGAUGCGGCACACGACACUUUCUCUUCACAUACUUUCAAAAACAGCUCGCUCUUUGCUGUUGCUAAUGUCUACGGUGUCUAUUUUGAAUGAUUCCGAAAAAAUAUCUGUGCUGGGUGUUAGAUCAGUGUCGAGUGAUUUUAGUCAACCAUUGAUGUCUACCUGGGUGCAAUCGCAUCGUUUUGAAAUCAGUUCAGUGGUCUUUAAAAUUCAUUUUGAGGUGUAGAAAUAGAUGAAGAGAACUUAUGAGGCUCCCAGACCAUUUCCUCAGUAUUUCUCAUAAGGAUGAGCUCACAUGCAACUGCUGUAAAUCAAACAACAUAAUGUUUUAAUGUUUGAGAAACAGACUGCAGACUGAAUGUUUUUCUAUGCAUGCACACACAAGAUGGCUAAUACUGGAUAAUAAUAGAUUAUAAUUUCUGCCUUAUUCUAAAAUGAGGAAAAUAUCAUUUAUUUUACUAGCACAAUAUUAUAUCUCACUGUUGCAUCAUAUCAUGGUCAAUUAGAAUGAGAUAUUUUGUCCUAUUAAUGCACUUUGUCACUUUGUAUUAUGAUAUAAAGGAGUUGCAAAUGAUGCUCGAUAGAAGUGCAGUUAUCAAAAUGUAUGUCAUAUAGUACCUUUUGGAAAAUUAAUUUUUACUUCCUGUAAACAUGUGAAAAUGUCUGACUCUUUACGAUUAAAUGAAAGCUGUAUGCCAUUGGUUCUUGUGUUUAAUAAACAUGUGUCU